GACAACUGAGGUGUGGACGCCCCACCGUGCAUGUUUUUUUGUUGGUAAUAACUAGAGGGAAGGCGGAAGGUGGAAGGGAGGAUUCCAAACCUGGGGGAUGGAGGGCGAUUGUAAUCCAGGAAGCAUGCUUCAGCUGGUGCCAAAGCUCAAAAUGACAAAGGCAGACAUUGGAGCAGGUGGGGCUCCUUGGUUUAAUUUGCAUCCGCAUAAACCGUGGCUAGUAUUUGCACCUCCAUCACGCGGAUCGCUUCAGGUGUGGGACUUUGAAGAGGGAAAACGGGUUGCACUGUGGUCUGUUGACAGUAGUUAUUGGUAUGCCUAUUUCAUUGGGCAAAAAGAUUGGAUUGUGGCAGAGUCACGCGAACAGCUUGAAGUGUUUGAACUCCAAAAUUCAACUCUGCAGUCCAUUGUGCGUCUAAUGAGAGGUCCCAGUGAUUUGCCAGUCCUGGCUGUCCAUCCAACCUCAUCUUAUCUUCUUAGCCGCUUCGAACGGAACGAUGUUGCUCUUUGGGACUGGGAGUGGGAGAAGAUUGUGUUCAAAGGUCAUUCAAAUCGAGUCAGGGCAGUGGCAUUUCACCCAACAGAGUUCAACCUCUUUGCAAGCUCAUCACGGGAUUCCACAAUUAAGGUAUGGGAUAUGGAAAAAAGGUCCGUCAUGCAUACCAUACAAGAUGAUUGCAUUCCUGACAUAUGGCGUUUGCAGUUCUGCUGUAAAUUUGAAAAGCCACUUCUGAUCACAGGCGGCAGUACCAAAGUUGCAAGGGUUUGGGAUUACCAACAGGCAUCGUGCAUUGCCAAAUUGGAAGGGCACAAGGGUGGCGUCAGGAGUGCCUUUUUCCACCCGCACAUCCCGUAUAUCUUCACUAUGGACAGGGAUGGGGAGAUCAAGGUCUGGAAUGAGUUAAACUACCAGCUAGUGUUGUCUUAUUCCACUCAGUUCACAUAUGGCAUCAUGGCCCCUUGCAGAAAUUCAAACAAGAUAGUCGCCUCUGGUGACGGGGAGAUUCUUGUGUUAGAGCUGGUUGGCAGCGGAAUUGUGGAGUUUCCGAGGAGGAUUGAAAAGUUGGGAAAAGGGCCAACAUUUUCAAAAGUGGACCUGGAAGACAAAGUGCUCCAUAUGCAGAAGUGCCAGAAGGCACUAGAUGAACUGCGAGCAGCCCAGAGAAUCCAAGCGGAGAGCCAGGCUAAGGCAUUGGAAGAAGCCAGGUGCAAAACUCGAGAAGUUGAAUCAAUGCUGCAGAAGGAGAUCACUGCACGACAAGAGUUGGAUAGGUCAUGCAAAUUUUGCGAAAGGCUAGUAACCGAUAGGAUUGAACUGAUUGAGGUUGAGAGGGCAACUCGCGCACAGAAACUGGAAACACUUAGCCAGAGGGUUGAGGAACGGGAGGGUAAACUACAACAGUUCACAGAAAGGUCAUGUGGAAAGCUAAGCGAGAGGAUCCGACUGCUUGAGCGGGAGAAGGCAACUCUGGCAGAGAAACUGGAAAAAGUCACCCAGAGGGUUGAGGAGCUAGAGUGUGAACUAAAAGGGAUCAAAACACAACAGGCGGCACAAGGGUCACAUUUUGUGGUGGAUGAUGGCUCAACGGAGAAAACUCUAUCGUUCCGAGAGUACUCUGUGGAGGAGUUGCGGGACGGGACGGAGAACUUUGAUGAAAAAUGGAAGAGGGGCGAUGGGGAUCCCUAUGGAUGUUGCUUCUUGGGAAAACUUGCAAGUCCAGUGUGGGUGAGAAAAAUAAGCCCAGAUGUAAUGAGGGACCGUGAUGAUCCCAAUCAUGCGACGUGGUUCAAGACGAAUGUGGUAGAGAGGUUGAGGUUGCUUCACCACCCCCAUUUGUUGACACUCAUGGGAGCCUGCUAUGCGGACAAAUGCCUGGUUUAUCAACGUGCAGCAAAUGGAAGUGUGAUGGACUGGAUCUUUAGCAGGGACGGGCCCCGACGAGGCUUCCUUCCUUGGUAUGUUCGCUUGCGUCUGAUAGCACAAGUGGCUCGAGCCUUGUCGUUCCUUCACUCAGCCCAUCCACCACUAGGGAAAGGUCCCAUCAUCCAUGGGGCAAUCAAACCAGCAAACAUCUUGCUGGUUGACAAGCUAGUGGCCAAGCUUGGCGCUGUCGACCAAGCAUUGAUUCAACAAGAGCUCCAGGAGGGAGGUCAAUCACAGCGUACGGCCAUGCUCAUGCGCUUGGAGCAUGACUCUCAGUACGUUGCUCCAGAAUACUUGCGGUUUAAGAUUUUGGACAAGGGGACAGACAUUUAUGCAUUCGGCAUCACAGUUCUGGAAAUUCUGACGGGCAAGUUGUCAGAUGCGUAUGAAAUAGUUGAAGCUGUGGUGGACGAUGAUCAUGGAGCUUUUCUCAAUGUUCUGGACCCAAAUGCGGGUGGCUGGGAUGCGGAGGUUGCGGAAAAAGUGGCACGCUUGGGGUUGCGGUGCGCCAGUCUGGACCGCCGUCAGCGGCCAGAUAUGACCAUGGCAGGCAAUGAGAGCAUUCUUUCCAUAUUGGAGAGAGUUGCUCUUGAGGUGGAUCUUGCUGAUGCGGUAGAGGUUGCAUCGCAGAAUCGCUGAGUCACCCACUGAAGGGGGUGUGUGGGCGCGUGACAAUCUGCUAAUUUUUAUUUAUUUAUUGCAUGGGUGGUGGGGGGCUUCUGCGGCGAAUCUGCGCUCUAUGAGCGGUGCCCUGAUCUGGGAUCUUUCUUUUAUUGUCUGUGGGAGUAAAAUGGUUUGAAACGG